AAGAGCGUUGUUCCAAUCUUAUUCCCACCACAUAGAAGUGGCAUAUUUUUAAGACAGCCGACCGGGAGAUAAAGGGACAACGAAAGAUGAUUUCAAUUCCCAGUUGAAUGGCUUAUGUAUAAAUUAUAUAAUAUGCAGUUAACAUGUAAUUCUGAUACAGAGAAAGAUGGAAGAGGAAAAUAAGAAGGGAACUGUGUGUGUAACUGGUGGAACUGGAUUCGUGGGAUCUUGGCUUAUUAAGAGGCUUCUUCAACAUGGAUAUUUUGUUAAUGCUACAAUAAGGAGCGAUCCAGAGUGCAAAAGAGAUGUUAGCUACCUUAGAAACCUGCCUGGUGCAUCAGAUAGGCUUCGAAUAUACAAUGCAGAUCUCGACAAACCAGACAGUUUCAAUGCAGCAAUCAAUGGCUGCAUCGGACUCUUUCACGUCGCUCAUCCUUUGGACUUUGGGGACAAAGAAUCUGAAGAAACAAAGACAAAAAGAGCUAUUUCUGGUUUACUUGGAAUUUUACAGGCAUGCCUUGAUUCAAAAACCGUGAGGCGAGUUGUCUAUACUUCUAGUGCAUCGGCUGUCCUUUUUAACGGUAAUAGGGACUUAGACAUAGUCGAUGAGAGCUCGUGGACUGAUGUUGAAUUGAUUAGAAGCUUGAGGAUGUAUGCAGGUUCUUAUAUUGUAGGCAAGACGUUAACAGAAAAAACAGCUCUAGAAUUUGCUCAGAAACAUGGAUUGGAUGUUGUGACCUUAGUUCCUACAUGGAUUCAUGGUCCCUUCAUUUGUAGUCAUCUACCUGAUACGGUGUGCAUAUCAUUGGCCUUGAUUUUCGGUAAUGAGGAUCAUUACAAAUACCUCGUCGAUACCAGUUUUGUUCAUGUAGAUGAUGUGGCUAGAGCUCACAUUUUCCUAUUUGAGUAUCCUAAUGCAAAAGGGAGAUACAUUUGCUCUGCUCUUGAUGUUACAAUAGACAAGUUGUCUGAAUUUCUCUCUGCCAGAUACCCUGAAUAUCAAAUACCAAAUGCAGGCUCCUUAAAGGACAUUGUGCCGGUAAAGUUCUCUGGCUUUUCGUCGAAGAAACUCCUGGAAGCUGGAUUUAAUUAUCAGCAUGGUCUUGAGGAAAUAUUUGAUGGAGCAAUUGAAUCUUGCAAGCAGAAGGGUUUCAUCUAGUCCAAGAUUUAUUAUCUUCAAUUAUGCUGUUAAGUUUCCUUUUCAAGAUUCUAGCAAAAAUGAUGCCAUGGUUUAUGACUAUUUCAUCAUAUUUUGAGCUUUCAAGCUUGACAUGAUAAUAAAAUGCAAGUUCUUCUGUUGGUUGAGGAAUC